CGCUGAUUGCCAUGCUGGUUGGUUUGGUUCGCGUUCCGAGGGUGGACAAUGAACACUGUUUGUGCUUCCCGUGAAGUUCGAUGGAAUUGACAUGUUGCUAUUGUAACAGGAUGUUUAUUAUACAAUGGCAAGACACUAUUGCGGUGCAUACAAGUAUUUCUUAUGGACUUGUUGGAUACUUCUACAAAAAUCUGUAACAGCGCUAACAGACAACAGAUGCUUCCUGGAGAACGGAGCCUCCUCGGAGAACUUCUUCGUGGCCGAAGACACGCCGGUGGGCUCUCUGAUCGGCCAAAUCCACGUGCACGGCGAUCCCAGACCCAACGGCUCGAUCGGCCUCCGACUGAAGGAGGCCGACAGCCCGGUGGCCAUCCCGCCGGGCACCAAGGACCUCACCUUGCGCAAGCCGCUCGACAAGGAGGGCCUCGACGGGCCGGCCUCGGUCUUCGUCAACGUCGUCUGCGAACGCCUGGGCACCAACGAUCCCGGCUUCGUCGUGCCGGUGAGCGUCCGCGUGACGGACGUCAACGACAACGCGCCCGCCUUCAUCAACGCCCCCUACGUCCUGAACAUCUCCGAGGUGACGGUGGUGGGCACCAGGGUGUUGCAGGGCGUGCACGCCGUCGACGGCGACCAGCAGGGCGUCUUCUCUAGCGUCCGGUAUUCGGUGUUGCCCGGCCGGCAUUCCGAUUAUUUCGAAUUCGAGAACGAACUCGAAGGGACGCUCGUGCUCAAGAAGCCGCUCGACUACGAGAGUUUGAGGACGUUCGAUGUGCACAUCAGGGCCGAGGAUCACGGGGAUCCACCGAAGAAGAACGAUACCGUUCUUACGGUUAAUGUCAUCGAUGCUGAUGAUCAAAAUCCUAAAUUCAUGGAUGAUAGGUACACUUCCGUAUUACCGGAGCCGCCUAAGAAGGGUUCUCUUCUGAUCGUCAAGCCGAGAGAACUGCGGGCGUUGGAUCAAGACGCGGGCAUCAAUUCGGAGAUAUACUACACGUUCAACGAGGUCGGGAUAGAGUACACGUUCUUCAAAUUGAACAGAUUAGCGGGGAAGAUUAGUUUGGCCAAAGAUCUAUCGGAUAGCGAUAUACCUUACCCGGUUACGCUUGUUAUCAGGGCCACCCAGCAGGAUAAUCCCGAUAGAUACGCGUUAACAACGCUUACUGUUACCAGGAACUCGGCGAAAGGUAUACGAUUCCUGCACAGCACGUUUUACAUAAAGGCAUCAGAAGCCCUUCCAGCGGGAUCGGUUAUCGGAACAUUAGCUAAUAACAGACCCGGCGAGCACUUGCGAUAUUUCGUCUCGGACCAAAACAUCCUCAGAACGUUCACCUUCAACACGAAAGGGGAGCUAUCGUUAAGAAAGAAACUAGAUUACGAAGAAAAACCGGAGUAUUAUUUCAAAGUCUUCGCAACAGACGGAAUCACGAACGAUUCCAGUAUCGUGAACAUCUCCGUGGAGAACACCAACGAAUGGGAGCCGCGCUUCCGCUAUCCCCAUUACGAGUUCUACAUAUCGGGCCGGCCCAACGAGUUGCUGGGGCGCAUCGAGGCCGCCGACGGGGACAAAAACGACAGGCUGUCGCUGUCCCUCAGCGGCGCCUACGCCUCCACGUUCGCCAUCUCCGAGAACGGGGAGCUCCGGCUGAGGGACCCGAAGGACUUGGACGCGCAGAUGGUGAAUUUGGCCGUCGUCGCGACGGACAACGGCCGACCGCCGAGGUCCUCGACGGUGCCGGUCACCGUGCACCUUCCGGCGGCCGCGGAUAAGUCGGGAAUUGUAGCCAAUAAGAAAAGUAACGGAGGUUCUAUACUCCUGGCCGGACUCGGUGCAAUAUUAUUAUUUCUGCUGUUCGUAGUGGUACUUUUGGUAGCCUACAUUUAUAAAGUGAAAAGAAAUCCGCGCCGGGUGGGUUCGGCUCUGCGAUCGGAGAAGGAUGGUAAAGGGUUGAAGAAAAUCACGAAUCCAAUGUUCGGGGAGAGGUCCCGAACGCCGACGGCUACCGCCUUGGGCGGGGUGCCCAGCGAGCUGAAGAUCAAGAGCCCCAAAGUGCACCCGGCGCCGCAGCCGCCCCUUUGGGCCUCGGACUCCGCCAGGGUCAAGAAGCUCAGCUGGGGAGACGACAAAACGGAUACCGAGAGCGCUGAAACUCUGAAUGAAGCUACCAAUUCUACGCCAGCAACGUUGCAAAGUAACACAAACUUAACUGUUUACUUUUAGUUAUUCGAAAAUAUGUAUGUAUAUGUAUAGCGUAAUGUUAGAAAUAAAGUGUAAAAUUUUACUGUCAAUUU